AUGCGGUUGUCCGAGGGCGUGCCUCCCGCUGCCCCGCGAGCUGGCCUGCCCUCGGUCCCUCUUGUCUGGUACCUCCUCCUCCAUGCCUCAGACUCCCGCCACGUGGCCUCUGUGGAGCCGAGGACAGGUUCCUCCUGGUCAUGCCUGGUGCCUGCCCACCUGCCACCUGCUGUUCCCCUGCGAGGCUUUGACAAAGAAUUAGGUCGUCCUGAGGUCGUUUGGGAAGGAGAGAGCCUCUCCCAGACCACCCUGCAGUGUGACGAGGACGGGAGGGGCGUGGUGGGACCCGCUGUGUGUCGUCUGGGUUCCAGAACUUCCCGUGCCAGCCUCCUCGGCCCGUUCUCCAAGCUCCUUUUGCUGCUGACGCUGUUUGCUGUCAAAUGUGGGGGCUGCUUGGAGGCCAUCGCACCCAACGAGUUUGUGAUGCGGGCCCAGAAGAGCGUGUACCACCUGGGCUGCUUCUGCUGCUGCGUGUGCGAGCGGCAGCUCCAGAAGGGGGACGAGUUCGUGCUGAAGGAGGGCCAGCUGCUCUGCAAAGGCGACUACGAGAAGGAGCGGGAGCUGCUCAGCCUGGUGAGCCCGGCGGCGUCUGAUUCGGGCAAAAGUGAUGAUGAAGACAGUCUCUGCAAGGCCGCCCACGGGGCAGGGAAAGGAGCUGCCGAGGACGGCAAGGACCACAAGCGCCCCAAACGUCCCCGAACCAUCCUGACCACCCAGCAGAGGAGGGCGUUCAAGGCCUCAUUUGAGGUGUCGUCCAAGCCGUGCAGGAAGGUGAGGGAGACGCUGGCUGCAGAGACAGGGCUGAGUGUCCGUGUGGUCCAGGUGUGGUUCCAGAACCAGCGAGCCAAGAUGAAGAAGCUGGCCCGGCGGCAGCAGCAGCAGCAGGACCAGCAGAACACGCAGCGGCUGAGCUCGGCUCAGACGAACGGUGGCGGGAGCACUGGGCUGGAAGGCAUCAUGAGCCCCUACACGGCCCUGCCCACCCCGCAGCAGCUGCUGGCCAUGGAGCAGGGCGUGUACAGCGGGGACCCCUUCCGGCAGGGCCUCACCCCGCCCCAGAUGCCUGGAGACCACAUGCACCCCUAUGGUGCCGAGCCCCUUUUCCACGACCUGGAUAGUGACGACACCUCCCUCAGUAACCUGGGUGACUGUUUCCUAGCAACCUCGGAAGCCGGGCCCCUACAGUCCAGAGUGGGGAACCCCAUUGACCACCUGUACUCCAUGCAGAAUUCUUACUUCACCUCUUGAGCCUCCCCAGAGCUUCGUGGCUGGGCUCCGUAUGGAACACCACACGUGGGAGGGCCGCUGGCUGCAGGACCGGAGGCCAGGACGAGGCGGCGGGGGAGGGUGUUUU